UUGUACCAGAAGGGGCGUUUUGGGCGUCUGGGUUCUCAGGUUACCUUAGUUAGAUAAUUAUUCUCGUUGAAAAUGAACCGCGUUAACUCAGUCGACUUGAACACGUCGUUUCAAUCUGCCCACGAUGAGAAAUCUCUUCUUCAACCUGUUCGUGUUAGCAAUCAUGUACAGGGAUCACCUGUGGGUUCGGGCGAUAGAGUGCAAAGACCUCGAGAGCAAAUCCACAAUGAUGCAGCUGAGGAGACAUCUUUUUUGUGAUUACGAUUAUUCAAUUAGACCUAUCUUUCGCAAAGAGAAUGUAACAACUGUCGAAUUGAAGCUCGCGCCAAAGAUGAUAAAUUUUGAGGAAAGCACGAAUUUUCUGGUGCUACAUAGCUGGCUGGCAUUGUCCUGGCAUGACGAGCAUCUUCGAUGGAAUCCAGCAGGAUUUGAUUCAAUAGAAUUGAUUCACGUUACCUUUGAUGAAAUAUGGCGGCCGGAUAUAUCUGUCUACAAUGCUGGGGAAACCUCCGACUGGACAAGUCUUCCAGCAACGCAAUGCAGUGUCAAUAAUAAUGGAUUAGUCAACUGUUUACCAGAAGUAAAAUACGUAACCCACUGUGAUGCGGAUUACACAAAUUGGCCGUUUGACAUACAAACAUGUACAGUUCGUCUAGUAUCCGCGUACCAUAUCGGAGAAGUAGAUUUUCGUCUAAUGGACGAGGGGAUCACAAUGCUACGUUACGUAGGCAGUGUAGAAUGGAAUCUUCUAAAUGUGACUGUAACAAAAGAAAUAAUUCAACCGAAAUGGUAUCAAAACGACACAUUAUCAACUAUCUCCUUCAUAUUCAUUAUAGAAAGACAUUCCGGUAUGAUGGAAACUAUUUACAUCACACCGUGUAUAAUACUGAUUGUGAUGACAUUGACGACACUCUGGCUGGAUCCCAAUACGGCAGAGCGAAUGAUAGUGGCAGUAAUAAAUUUUAUCUGUCAUUUACUGACCUUCCAGGACUUGCAUUGGAAUGUGCCACGUAAUGGUCCUACUGUCCCACGCAUUUUGAUAUUCUAUCGGGACUCUUUGGCAAUGGCUGGUUUUGCUAUAUUUCUGACAACGUUCCUACGCCAACUCCAUGCGAUAAGCCGACCAGCCCCAGGAUGGAUUUCGUCAAUAAACACCUUCAUACUGAACAAUAAGGUUGGCCAGAUCUUCUUGCUGAACACUCUCGAUCCUAAAGCUUCUGCAGGACUUGAGACGGAAGCAGAUGACAAUUCUGGUCUUGUUCAAUUGAGAACUUCGUCCCGGGAUAAUGAUCAGUCUUGGUCCUUGAUGGCCAUCUUUAUUGGACGUCUAUCUUUCAUAGGAGUUCUUCUGACCUAUAUCAUUAUGCUAUUUCUUCUUUUGCCCGUAGUUACAGAGAUCAGAAGCUAUGAUCGUUCCAUAAUGAUGGGUAAAUGAUCACUUAAAAUAUUCAUAAGUGGGUGACUCCACCAGUAAAUGGAAGCAUUCACAUAUGUAUAUUAUAUCUAUAUAUAGUAACUUUAAUACGGGUGCCCAUCCACUGGAAGCAUUUCAUCAGGUGUUCAUUCAGUGGUGGAUUGAUCCUAUUAGCUUGACAUUUUUGUGGUUAUUCAUGUUUCUGUUAUUUUCUUCGUUAUUAAAUUUAGAAAAUUUGAAAUGCAAAUUAUUUUUUGUUGCGAUAAAUUUGUUAUAUCUGUUUAUACUAAGAACAUCUUGAUUAAAUAUCAUUAGUGUUGACAGAAUGUUUGAUCUUUGAACCAAAUAUGAAAAAUAAUAAAUGAUCGCUAUAUUUAUCAAGCGAUUUAACCUUA